UAAUACAUAAUAUUUAGUUGGUUUCUCGUAACAUUACAGUGAUACAUGUAUCGGUCUCAUUUCAACAAACACUUUUGUGAACCCUUAAAGGUUCAAAUGGAGUAGGGCAGUUCCCUAUAUUAAGAGGCAGAUCGCGUACGGGACGCUUUUUAUCGCCGCUUUAAGGCGGUCAAACAGGAUCCAUGUCUGACAUGCGCAGAACCUGAAAGCAGGAGACGAAAGGGAAACUGUAAAUCCGAGAAAUUGCUGGGAAAUUCAUUUAUUUCAGUUCCUCACUAAAUCUUUUAUAAUGGGAAAUAAGUCAAAAAGUCCUGUUGACGAAGGUUGGACAUGUGCUCGGAGAACAGCCUGCGUAGUUUAACACAUCGAUACUUCAAGAUAACCUCUGGAUUGAAACACGAUUUUAAAAAAACUUUAGUGGCUCCGACUUUACCUGAACUUGUGCGUAACUUGGUUUCCGCUCGCGAAGAUACCUCAUAUGUAUACAUCUGAAAAUCUCGUUUUCCCGCAUGUCUUUCGUAGCUUCUUAACGUUUACAAUGCGGAACAAGAAGUUCUUAUUAUAAUAUAGACGUAUAAGGCUACCUUGACUCCUGGAUCACAUUGCUUCACCGAAACACUCUCAGUAAUGUCAGCAGUGGAGAUCCAGCCUACAUCCUUUCCCAUGUCUCGCUCCCCUUCUCCCAGUGACUCCAUCUCUCUGCUGGAGGCCAAGGAAGACACUCGGUUGGUGCUGAGUGCUUUUCUUCGGCAAACUCUCACCCUUCCUCAUUCCCAGCGCCCUGGGAGGGUUGGUGGUGCAUACAAAGACAGCAGCAAGUUCAGUGAGAGUAAGAAGGAGAACCAGCGGUGGGUGGACGAUGGCUGGGACUCUCUUGAUGAGAAGAUCAGUAAUGCAGAGGAGAAGAAACAUGGCUUUAAGGACCUAAUUAAGAAGAGGCUGCGUCGCCGGCGCCUCCCGGGGUCAGUGCAUCAGAAGAAGGAUACCCCAAAUGCAGAACCGAAAGUGGAACCAGUGCAGAAAGAUGUUAAACCAGAGCUACCAAAGCUCAAGGAUUCCGAGAAUAGCCACCGCUCUAGCUCUAAGUCUAAGUUACCUAAGCAUGAAGAUUAUAUGUGCCAUUCUUUCCAGCCAGAAGACGGGUUUGCAUCCGCACCUUCCUCGGAUGACGAGAGCGAGAGGAAGGACAAAAAGACGAAAAAGAAGUUGUCAGGCUUCUCUUCACUGAUACGCAAAUUCCGACUGUCCAAGAAAGAAGAUCAACACGAUGAGAACUCACGCCCUAAGAGGCCCAAUAGCCUUCAAGUUUUGUCACUCAAAAAACCUACUGACCCGGCCAGUGCCUCUCCACACUCUCCUUCAUCUCACCCUCCUCAAUUCUAUGAAGAAGUGGCAGAAACCCUGGACAAAAUUGCUCAGAAACACAUUGUGACCAAACCAGCAUGGCCCUCCCCGGACAGCCAGCCCACAGUCACAGCAGAAAGUAAAGACAAGGAGGUCGUUGUGAGGCAACUGGUUGAUAUUUUAUCGAUGCAAGGGGAUGCCAUUAACAAGAAGAUCAAAGAAGACCCAUUUUUGAAAUCGAGACUGGCCAGUCUCUCUUAUCCGUCCUUUGCGAAGUUGCUCGACCUAUUUGCCGAUGAAAUUGAGACUCCAGUGCCCACCCAAUCUGACAGUACCACGCUGUCCCACAUUGCGGUGACGAUGGAGGCAUCACGGCGGAUCCUGACAGCCGACGGCACACAGAGGAUGCAGGGCUAUGCGGAACGCUACAUGCAAAAGUUCGUCCCCUUGGUGCAAAGUCAGGGUGGAUGGGAGAAGAUAGUCCAGUUUCAAAAUCCGUCUGAGUAUGAUUAACUAAGUGGACUGGUGGAACAAUAAUUUUCUUCUGAACUGACUUGAAUUGACUGGAACAACCAAGGGAAAUAGUUGGUGAUCCUCCUUACAGAUUUAACUGUUAUUUGUUAUUUUAUACAAAAACUUUUCAUGCAGAUACUGCAUUCACAAACUGAGAUGUGAAAUUUUAUAUAUUGCAAUAGAGUAGCUGUGUUUGACCCUAUGUUUAAUGUGCGUUAGUUUCCUCCUUCUGCUUAGAUUUCAGUUUCUAUCCGUGUAUAUGUGUCCCCAAAUGAACUCACGCUCUUUAUAGGGUGAAUGUUGCCCUGUGUUAUAUCCUGGCAUUGUCUCUAUGCUCAGUGUAACACAGCUUUAAAUAACUGACUGUAAAAUGUGAAAUGAAUGUGGAAAAAUACAUUACAGGGCAUUUCAGCACAGUCAAAAAAUCAGAGAAAUCAGAAUCAUAGUGUUGGGGAAAAUGAACAUUACCAGUUGCUCAGUACAGUGUUCUACAGCAUUAUCCCAGAAAGCACAGGGCAGGAGGCAGAGAUCACCCUAGGUGGGAUACCAGCACAUUACAGGGCUCACACACUAGGGGCAAUUUAGAGACUCUGCUCACCGGGCUGCAUCUCUUUAAACAGGCGAUCUGGGGUGAACAUGCAAACUCACACACAAUGCUGGGGAUCGGUUAUCUAACCCAAAACCUUGGAGGUGUGAGGUUCUACCCACUGAGCCAUCAUGCCACUGAUAUGUGACUGUAAAUAAAUUAUAUGUAAAGUAUCUAAAUACCUCAAUCAGGUACUGUGUAAGUGAUUGAAGGAUGGAUGGAUGGAUGGACUGACAAUAUAUUAAAAUACAUACAACAGA